AUGGGUGGAAAAGUUUAUGACAUGAAUGGCUUGAAGCUUAACUUGAAGGAGAAUAUUUGCUUGGUAGAGAUAGACAAGAACGUGUUUUGCCAAAUAACUGUUGUUUUCUGUACUUGCCUAUAUUGGCGUGAUGCAAAUGAAAAUUUGGCGUGGUGUAAGUUCGUGCAGAGGAAGAAGAUUGGCGAUUUGGUCGAAGAAUUCGAAGAUUUGGUGUACAGAGAGAUUUCGUUUGAGAGACGCAAAUCACGCAAUGUUGAAGAGCUUUGGGGAUUCGUUGAAUGGUCUAAAAUUGUGUUUGACGGCGGAUAUUACUCUGAUUCUGAUUUCUAUAUGUCUUCCGAUUUCUUUCUACAUUCCGCUCUAGUGACACUUUGA